AUGGAGGAAAGAAAAGAGGACCAGACUGAAGAGCUGGAUUCUUUAACACUUCAAGAAAACUCUCAGGAAACAAAUCAAGAUGAUGCUCCCCUGCCUACAGCAGCACCCAGUACUGUGCCCACACAGUCCUUCUCCUCUCUGUUACCAAAGGCUCUCUCUGCUGUACUGUGUCCAUCGCCCCCGGGCCUCAGCUCCAACCCACAGCCGAGCACAAAUCUAGCAAAAUACACGUCACCAAACCUCGAACAACUGCAGACAGAGCUGAGAGACCUGAGGGAGAAGUUUGAACAGAUGAAGAAUCAGCACAACAAAGAAAUUAAACUCCUGAUGAAUGAGCUAGAUGAGGAGAAAAGGAUUCGCUUGACUUUACAGAUGGAGAUUCAGCGUAUGAAGAAGCACAUGUCUAAAUGAGUGGAGUAGAGAACUUCAUUUUCAGGCAAAAAUAUUUUUAAGGUCCUGUUGUGGACUUGUCUGACAAAUGAAUGUUUUAAACAGUCAUUCUUUCUUCUUUUUGAUAAAAACAUUAGGAGAGAAGUUUUAUGAAGAAACAUUUCUUUUAGGUGAUCAUUUCUUGGACUGCUACAUGGGCUUACAGUACAUAAAAGUGCAAAGAUAAGGCAUAGUGGAGGCAGACGAGGUGAUAACCUGCAAAACACACUGCCCCUUGAGCCAGCAUCACGCCGAGGCGUAUCUGUUGACUUUCCUCUGGGUUAUGGCAUCUUUAGCAUCCCACGGUGGGGUAAUCAGUCAGUUUUCCUUUAUCCAGUCAUGUAGAAAACGUGAUGGUGAAACAGCCAGAGAGGAGGAUGGGAAGUGAGAGCCAGCAGUUAGUCUUCAGAGAUGAGAGCUGAGCUAUCAUUUGUCAUAAAUACUGUGAUGCUGAGGCAAAAACACAAAGUAUAUUAUAGAUGCAUAUAAUUUUCAAAAAUAUGAUAGUUUGCUUUUUGUGUAUUAAAAAAAAAUAGACAACCAAGUUGUCAGUUAAUUUAUUGGUUGCUGAUGUGUGGGAACUUGUGAAUUUAUUAAAAAUGCUGGAGCGGAACAUUGUGGAGCUGAUUUGAAAAAAAAAAAAAAAUAGACUGAGUAUAAAGAAUGACUUCAUAUACACAAAUAAAUAUAAAGUAAAGCUACUACUAGUGUAGUAAAAUAAAAAUAUUACUGAGAUAACUUCAUCUUAAGUUGAGAUACA